AUGUACAACUGCGGAUACACGGAAAUCUUAAGCGAGCUAAGAAACUUCGUGGAAGCGCUCAUACACGCCGUGUUUCACAAGCAUUGCAUAUAUCCGCAGGAAUCAUUCGUCGCCACAAAGCGUUUUGGAAUAACAGUAAAGUACCACCAAAAGCAGCCAGUCAUUCGUUACGUACAAGAGAUUGCUACGUUGUUCCACCAACUACUAAGGGACAAGGUGCUAAUAGCGCUAUCUAUUGUCGUCACCAACAAAGUGACGAAAGACACCGUCGCAACAUACCAUUUGCAGAUUGAGCCGGUUCUAUACGCACCAAAGCUAACACACUGCGAUUCUAACGGUUUGAAAAACGAGCUGGCGAAGGCGCUGAUGCGAUUGGAGCUUCAAACGUGCCCACCAGAGAACGAACACAGAGCGCUGCGAGGUGGACAUCGACUUCUGCACCAAACAAAAAUUGACAGGUUAGCACAACGCUCCAUAGGCGCCAUAGUAAAGGAGCUACGCCGCCCUGAGUCAACUCCCGCGGCGGCAUACACGGCCACUCGCCCGCUUCUACGUCUCAGUGACAACGAUUCGAUAUUCUCCCUGCCUAGACACUACAUCAGCUCAAUCUUCGUGACCACCGAGAGCAGAAGGCAACUCGGGAGUGUGAAGCUGCCGGUCGUACAGCUCUUCAAAACUGCUUAA